AUGGCGGCCGUGCGGGGGUACCGAAGGGCGGCCGUGGCGGUCGCUGCGGCGCGGCCUGGCGGGGGCGGCCCGGGACGGGGAACGGGACCAGGACCGGGUCCUGCCGCGGAACCGGCCCCGCAGCCGGUCCCAGAACCGGCCGCCCCCGCCACAGCCGCGCUCUACGUGCACUGGCCCUACUGCCGUAAGCGCUGCUCCUACUGCAACUUCAACACGUACGUGGUGCCGGCGGUGGAUGAGGCAGCUGUGCGUGCCUGCCUGGUGCGGGAGGCACACACCCUGCUGCGCCUCAGCCAGGUGCACAGCAUCACCUCUGUGUUCUUUGGUGGCGGCACCCCCAGCCUGGCCAGCCCUCGCACCAUCGCAGCGGUGCUGGAGGCCGUGGCGGGGGCUGCCCAUCUGCCCAGCAGUGCUGAGGUCACUCUGGAGGCCAACCCCAGCUCCAUGGACACAUCACGGCUCACUGGCUUCAGGGCAGCCGGUGUCAACCGCCUCUCCAUUGGCGUCCAGUCACUGGACGACGCCGAGCUGCGGCUGCUGGGCCGGGAGCACACGGCGGUGGAGGCGCAGAAGGCCGUGGAGGCAGCACGGGGGCUCUUCCCCGGCCGCACCUCCAUCGACCUCAUGUUUGGGCUGCCGGGGCAGAGCCGGGACGCCUGGGCCCAGGGGCUGGAGGCAGCGCUGGGGCUCUGCGACGACCACAUCUCCCUGUACCAGCUGACACUGGAGCGAGGCACGGCACUGGCAGCACAGGUCCGAGGGGGGACCCUGCCCUUGCCCCCCCAGGACCUGCUGGCAGACAUGUACCAGACAGCCCACACUGUGCUGGUGGCCGCCGGCUUCCGCCACUAUGAGGUGUCCAAUUUUGCCCGCAAGGGUGCCCUCAGCAACCACAACCUCUCGUACUGGCGGGCUGACCAGUACAUCGGUGUGGGGCCAGGAGCUCACGGGCGCUUCGUGCCACGGGGUGAGGGCAGCUGCAGCCGGGAAGCCCGUGUCCAGACACCGGAGCCUGUUGCCUGGAUGCGGGAAGUGCAGAGCCAGGGACAUGGCACCAGGAGUCGGGUGGUGCUGAGCCCGCUGGAGCAGCUGGAGGAGGUGCUCACCCUGGGACUACGCACAGAUGAGGGUGUCACACACGAGCUCAGCCUGCAGGCCGUGUUCGGGGUGCCGGGGGAGGCUCAGGUGCUGCAGGAUCAGGGCUGGCUGCUUCUGGAUGGCAGUGGUCUGCGGUGCACCUGGGCCGGCCUGGCCGUGCUGGACUCGCUGCUGCCCGACCUGCUGUGCCAGCUCCAGCGGCGCUGGGCACUGCCCGGUGCCCACCGAGGGGGAACCCGGCGGGGGAUGGACACAGACGGACACAGUGGCCAGAACGUGGGGUCUGUGAGUGGCCACAACGGAUAA